AUGUGGUUUCUUAUUAUUACUUGUGUUUCACUUUUGGUAAUUAAAGCCUUGAUGGACUGGAGACGAGGGAGUAAUUUUCCACCAGGACCCAAAGGCCUGCCAGUGCUUGGAAAUAUGUUGGAUAUGAAAAAACUUUUGAAAGAAAAAAAAUAUUUUGCAUGUGCCUUUUCCCAUUUGGCGGAAAAAUAUGGGCCAGUUGUAGGCUUACGUUUGGGAUACGCGAAACCAUUUAUUUUAGUUUCCGGGCGAGAGGCAAUUGUGGAAAUGUUGAGUCGACCAGAAUUUGAUGGGAGACCAGAUUCUUUUUCAUUUCGGUACAGAACAAUGGGUGUUAGAAGAGGAAUGGUUUUUACAGAAGAAAAAGUAUGGACUGAUCACAGAAGGUUUGCACAGAAAAGUUUAAAGCAUUUAGGAUUCGGAAAAAGAACAAUGGAGGAUUUAAUUUUGGACAAUGUCAAUUCCUUGAUAACCAACCUCAGAAGAAAUUCGAAGAAUGGUGUAAUUGAGAAUUUUUCAAAACACUCAAGUAUCUCGAUUUUAAACAAUAUUUGGAAUUUAGUGGGUGGUUUAAAAUUGACAGAAGAAAAUGCUAAAUUACAAGAAGCUGUUGAAAUGUUAUACAAUUUAGCAAGGCAUACAAGUGCCGCAGGUGGACUUUUGGAUCACAUGCCAUUUUUGAGAUUUUUUAUUCCAGAAUACAGUGGAUUCAAUGCCUUGAAAAAAUGCCAUGGAGGAAUAAGAAAGUUCCUAGAAUCAGAGCUAGCUAGACAUAAGGAAAUAAAAGCAGAAGGUGUUCACAACGAUAUGAUAGGUGCAUACCUCGAAGAAAUAGAAAAAAGAAAAAACGAUUCGACAUCAAUUUUUAAUGAAUUAGAGCUUUUUGCACUAAUUAAGGACUUUUUUGGCGCUGGACUCGAAACUACGAAUAACAGUCUGGGAUUUCUUAUUGCUUACAUUUCUGUAAAACCAGAAAUACAAAAAAAAAUUCAAGAAGAACUCGACAGAGUGUUUGGAACUGAGUCACUACCUUCUCUUGAUUAUAAAAAUAAUUUGCCUUAUCUGAAUGCGGCAAUAGCAGAAGUUUUGAGAAUUUCUCACGUAGCACCAACAGUUGUGCCUCAUCGUGCACUCAAAGAUUCCACACUAUUUGGAUAUGAAAUAAAAAAAGAUUAUACACUUCUGGCCAAUUUAGUUAGUGUUCAUAUGGAUAAGGAACAUUGGGGUGAUCCUGAAAAUUUCAGACCAGAAAGAUUCAUCAAUGAUAAAGGAGAAUUUAUCGAAGAUUCGUGGUUAAUGCCUUUUGGAACAGGUCGCAGAAAAUGCAUAGGUGCCACAGUUGCAAAAAACAGUUUGCUAUUGUUUACAGCUUGCCUCCUACAAAAGUUUAAUUUUUCUUUGGCUCCAGGCGAACCUCUUCCCUGUCUGACAGGAAUAAAUGGAAUGACAACCGCCCCACCAAACUGCAAACUUCUACUUUCAGAACGUUAA